AUGGACGAUGUGAACGUACCAAAGCAGCGGAAGACCUUUUGCAAGGGGAAGAACUGCAAGAAGCACACUCUUCACAAGGUCACCCAGUACAAGACUGGAAGGGCUUCUUUGUAUGCACAAGGCAAGAGGCGUUACGACAGAAAACAGAGUGGAUAUGGUGGACAGACUAAGCCUAUUUUCCACAAAAAGGCUAAGACCACUAAGAAAAUUGUGCUGAGACUGGAAUGCACCAGCUGUAAAUACAGGAAACAGUUGCCCCUCAAACGCUGUAAACACUUUGAACUGGGAGGUGACAAGAAGAGAAAGGGCCAGAUGAUCCAGUUUUAAGCUGUCUGUCUGUAAAUAAAAAAUAAAGAGAAAAACGACAAAAA